UAUGCACGAAUUUCAAUUCCUGGAUGGCAGCAAAGCUCUAAUUCCACUUCCACGCCGGAUCUCUAAAACAAGAAAGAGGGGGAGACUGGCAAAUAGACAACAACACCGGAUUGAGGAAAUUGACGAUGGCAUUCAAUGUGCAAAACAAACUUGUUUAAAGCUGACAGCAAUGCAGCCCGGCCUGCCUAAUUCCCAAUCACAUCUAAGAAGAGCGCAGCUCCUCCCCGGUGCGCAACAGCUCAGGAUCGCACACAGUGUGUUGAGUAUCGAAUUAAGUCAUGCAUUUAUACGCAAUUACAGUGUUUAUCUUCUUGAUGCUCAGAGAUGCUGACGCUUGGGGUCUGGCUGGUAAAUACGCAGUGAACUGUCCGGAGAAAUGUAACGCGGCAAUGUGCGGCUCGACGCAGCGCUGCAGGCGCACGGUGUUGGAUGACUGCGGAUGCUGCCAGGUCUGCGCCGCGGGACGGGGAGAACACUGUUACCGAACCGUGUCCGGGAUGCACGGAGUCAAGUGCGGACCGGGGCUCUUCUGUGACUUCUACAAAGAUGAGGAUGAUUAUGGAGAUGAAUAUGGCAUCUGUAAAGACUGCAUGUAUGGAACGUACGGUAUCGAAUGCAGGAAAACAUGCAACUGUAAAGCAGGUGGACUCUGUGACAGAGAAACUGGAGCUUGUUUGUCUUUUAAAUUUUUGGCUAAAAUGGCCAAAGUUAAAUCCCAGGAAAGCGAAGGUAAUGAGCUGGGCUCAGGUGACUCCAGAUCAGAUACCAACAGCGACAGAUCAUCCGCUCGUAAUUUCCUCACCCCUCGCUGACAGCAAUUGACUAAUCUUCAUUUAAACAGUGUACAUGUAGCAAAAUAAAUUAAAGGACCAAACUGAUAUAUUUUAAUAUGUUUUGAAGAUGAUGAUGAUUAUAUUGUUUUAUGUGGUAUAUCUUACAGAUAUAUUUUACAGACAUGUUAUGUCUUCAAUCCAAAGCGUUUCCAACUGCAUGCAUAUCUGCCACUGUCAUAUGCCUACAUGAAUUACACACACUGCAUAAGUCUUACAGGAUAGUCAUCUAAUACUUUUCUUCAAAGUCAUAAGGUAAAUUGGUCUAAUUUGAAUCUGAAAAAUAACAGAUUAUAGUUAUAGGACACUAUAGGACACAGAUAUUUUUAUGCAACCAAUCAAUGAUCAUAUGAAUAUCACAGUUUAUACACAUUACAUCAUGACUAUAUUACAGUAUGUAGCAGUAUUUAUAUAAUGACAAAAACAUUUAUGUAUGAGGCUCAAAGCACUGAUAUGACAUCACACAUUUGACCACAUGGCUCUGUAUUGUUUGUAUUAAGGCAGAGGAGAUGAUUUUAAGUUAUGUACUGUAUAUUUUAAUCUGUGUUGUAUUAUGAGGUGAUGUUUUGAUGGACAUAAUAUUAAUUCUUAUUUCUGUUUAUAUGAUAUUUAAAUUAAAGAGAUAUCAUUCUA